CCCGGGACGGCUUUAUCUGUUCGAGCCCCUGCUGUGCCUUUGCCCAGAUCGCUGGCUGCAACUGGAGUUGUUUGCAGGGAGCCCUCGAUGCGCGGGGUGGCUCCUGAGAGGAGCUGGCGCCUGACAGCUGAGGGCAUGUCCCCGUUCUCUCAGUUGCUGCUGGUAUCAGACACCGCCCAUGGCGCACCCCAUGUGUUGCUGAGCCCAGACUUUACACCUCAAACUUCAUGCACAGCCCGUCUCGCACCCUCCCCGUGCCAGAGGCAGGGCCUCUCUCGGGGCCCGUGCAUCUCCCGUCAGCUUGACUUGGUUACAGAAGUAUCAGGGCAUUGAUAAAGAUCAAGAUCUCUGCAUAUGCCAGGGGUCUGUGCAGCCCAGGGAUGAGGAAGCCGCGGAGGAGGUGCCGGCAGCACUUGGAGGGGAGGCGCUCUCCCUCGCCCUACAGCCUCAAGUGCUCCCCCAGCCGGGAGACGCUGACCUACGCCCAGGCGCAGCGCAUUGUGGAGGUGGACAUCGACGGGCGGCUCCACCGCAUCAGCAUCUACGACCCCCUGAAGCUCAUCACCGAGGACGAGCUGACAGCCCAGGACAUCACCGAGUGCAACAGCAACAAGGAGAACAGCGAGCAGCCCCUCUUCACUUCCAAAUCGAAGAAAACACCUUCCAAAGGCAAGAAGAAGGAUUCCUGCUCCAAACAUGCUCCAGGGUUGUCUUUGCACUUGCCCCAGCCCAAGUUCCGUGUGGUGGACUCCUUCAGCCAGCCAGAUGCUCCUCCCCUCCCUGCUGCCUACUACCGGUACAUUGAAAAGCCUCCUGAGGACCUCGACGUAGAAGUGGAGUAUGACAUGGAUGAGGAGGAUCUGGCAUGGCUGGAGAUGGUCAACGAGAAGAGAAGGGCUGAUGGUUAUGGCUCAGUUUCUGCCGACACUUUUGAGCUGCUGGUGGAUCGGUUGGAAAAGGAGUCGUACCUUGAGAGCCGGAACAACGGGGCUCAGCAGUCCCUCAUCGAUGAGGAUGCCUUCUGCUGCGUCUGCAUGGACGAUGAGUGUCACAACAGCAAUGUCAUCCUGUUCUGUGACAUCUGCAAUCUGGCCGUGCACCAGGAGUGUUAUGGUGUGCCCUACAUCCCCGAGGGGCAGUGGCUUUGCCGCUGCUGCUUACAGUCUCCUUCUCGCCCUGUGGAUUGUGUCCUUUGCCCAAACAAAGGGGGAGCCUUCAAGCAGACCAGCGAUGGCCGCUGGGCUCAUGUGGUGUGUGCCAUCUGGAUCCCAGAGGUCUGCUUUGCAAACACUGUGUUCCUGGAGCCCAUCGAAGGCAUCAAUAACAUCCCUCCAGCUCGCUGGAAGCUCACAUGCUGUAUCUGCAAGCAGAAGGGCAUGGGAGCUGCUAUCCAAUGCCACAAGGUGAACUGUUACACUGCCUUCCAUGUCACCUGUGCACAGAGAGCUGGUCUCUUCAUGAAGAUCGAGCCCAUGAGGGAGACCAGCAUCAACGGCACGACGUUCACCGUGCGCAAGACUGCCUACUGUGAGAGCCACUCCCCGCCUGGCACGGUGAGAAGAGGGUCCCCAGCUGCUGCUGGUGAUGGGCACGAGGUCACUGUGAAGGAGGAGGAAGAGGAGGAAGCCCAUUGUGGCCCUCCCAAAGGGUCUGUGAAGAAGAACCAAGUGAAAUUGAAGCAAAAGAUCAAAAAGGAGCCUGGUGAUGUGACCAAAGGGCGUUCGUCCAUGCCCGUGGUGACCGUUGCACAAAUUCCCUCUUACAGGCUGAACAAGAUGUGCAGUGGGCUGUCCCUGCAGAGGAAGAACCAGUUCAUGCAGAGGCUGCACAACUACUGGCUGCUGAAGCGGCAGGCGAGGAAUGGGGUGCCCCUGAUCCGGCGGCUGCACUCGCACCUGCAGUCACAGAGGAAUGCUGAGCAGAAGGAGCAGGAUGAGAAGACGAGUGCAGUGAAGGAGGAGCUGAAGUACUGGCAGAAGCUGCGGCAUGACUUGGAGCGGGCCCGGCUGCUCAUCGAGCUCAUCCGGAAGAGGGAAAAGCUCAAACGGGAGCAGGUCAAGGUGCAGCAGGCUGCCAUGGAGCUGCAGCUGACCCCUUUCAAUGUCCUGCUCCGCACAACCCUGGACCUGCUGCAGGAGAAGGAUGCUGCCCAGAUUUUCACAGAGCCUGUUAACCUGAACGAGGUUCCAGAUUACCUGGAAUUCAUUUCCAACCCAAUGGAUUUUUCCACCAUGAGGCGGAAGCUGGAGUCCCACCUGUACCGAACCUUGGAUGAGUUCGAGGAAGACUUUAACCUUAUAGUUGCCAACUGCAUGAGGUAUAAUGCUAAAGACACGAUUUUCCACCGAGCAGCUGUCCGGCUCCGGGACCUCGGGGGAGCGAUUUUGCGUCACGCGCGGCGCCAGGCCGACAGCAUCGGCUUUGACACUGGCGUGGGGAUUCACCUGCCUGAGUCGCCCAAGCCCCACGACUUUUACCGCUUUUCUUGGGAGGAUGUGGAUAACAUCCUGGACCCGGAGAACCGGGCCCACCUGUCUCUGGAGGCGCAGCUGAAGGAGCUGCUGGAGAAGCUGGACACGGUGAGCUCCAUGCGCUCCAGCGGCGCCCGCACGCGGCGCGUCCGGCUCCUGCGGCGCGAGAUCAACUCCAUCCGCCACAGACUGGCCCAGCAGCAGAGCAAGGCCCUGCCCAACGGGGACUCUGUGCCACGGGAGGGGCUGGAGACAGCUUCCAGGGAAGGGGAUGAGGAAGGGGAGAAAGAUGGUGCCAAGCUCCCAUACCCUCCAACCCUGGAGCCCACAGGACCUGCACCCACCCUCUCAGAGCUGGACUCUCUGCAGGACCCUCCAACACUGAAGCCCAUCAAUGAAAGCAGGCCCCUGAACCAGCUGCAGAGGAGGAUGGUGUCGGACAGGGAGCUCUUUGACAAGAAAGCUCUGCAGCAGGAGAGCCAAGCUUUCCAACGCCUGCUGUCCAACAAUGGCCUCAACGGCCUGGCCCUGCCCCCUGCAGACGGCCCUGCCAGCCCCGCCCUCAGCAGCGUGGGCCGCCGGACAUCGGUGCUGUUCAAAAAAGCCAAGAACGGUGUGAAGCUGCAGAGGGGUCUGGAGUGCUCCCUGGAGAACGGGGAGGAGCUCAGGCAGGGCGAGCAGCGCUCCCCCUCCCGCCCUGACGGGGAGCAGCAGGCACGGAAACGCCCCCAGAGCCGGAGCUGCAGUGACAGCAGUGGGGAGAAGUCACCCAGGCAGGCAGCACAGAGAGGAGUGACCAAUGGCUUUGCAAAACAUGCAGGGAGUGGCUCUGACUCGGAGUGCAGCUCUGCCCUGGGCAGUGGGCUGGUGUUUGAAGCCUGCAGUGGUUUGGUGCCUCCCAAGCGCAGCCGAGGGAAGCCAGCUCUGGCUCGGGUGCCCUUCCUGGAGGGUGUGAAUGGAGACUCUGAUUUCAGUGCCUCAGGCAGGCCUCUCCUGAUGUCCUGUGAGAGCCAGGCUGAGCUGGAGCCCCUGGAGCUCGUGUGGGCCAAGUGCCGUGGUUACCCCUCCUACCCUGCCUUGAUUAUUGACCCCAAGAUGCCACGUGAGGGUUUGCUGCACAACGGGGUCCCCAUCCCUGUGCCCCCCAUGGAUGUCCUGAAGCUGGGGGAACAGAGGCAGACAGAGGCAGGAGAAAAGCUCUUCCUUGUCCUUUUCUUUGACAACAAGAGAACCUGGCAGUGGCUGCCACGGGACAAAGUCUUUCCCCUGGGCGUGGAUGACACCGUGGACAAGCUGAAGAUGAUGGAGGGACGCAAAACCAGCAUCCGCAAAUCGGUGCAGGUGGCCUACGACCGAGCCAUGAUCCACCUGAGCCGAGUGCAGGGGGACAACCCCUUCCUCCCCACUGCCACCUACCUGUGAGGGGCUGCUGGGCCAGGCCUGUGCUGCUGCAGCCCUGCAGCUCACUGCACCGCUCAGCGCAGCAUCUCCAGCAGCUGGCAGCGCUCCGGGGAGUGCCUGAAAUGUGCCAAAAAACCCCCUUGUCCAGUUUCUUCCUGAAUGUGUCUUGCUGAAGAGCUGGCAGGAGAUGAAAUGUCUGCAGGGAGGAAGGUAGGUGGGAAGAGCUGACAGGUGACAGGAGCCAAGGUGAGUUGCUGCAGUGAGCAGAGCACACAGCACUUGGAUGUUUGGACCUUGUGCACCGUCCCCGGCCCCUGCCUCUCCUGCACUGCUAGGCUUUGGAGUCAUCAGCCAGUCCCAGGUAAUUCCUGGGAACCUGGCACCCCUAGGAUUCUUUAGAAAUCCCAGCUGGGCUUUCUUGUGCCAAAUUUACCUUAACCAUCAUUGGCCUUUUCGUUUUUCUUUAAAUGACAUUGUCCUAUCACGUAAAAACUGCACAGAAUCGUAGCUGGGAGCUCUAAUUGUGAUUCUCCUGCCUACAUACAUCAUGUUUUCAUGUUUAGAUUUCUCUCACUGCAUUUAGAAAAGCUUGAGAUUUUGGUAACCUUCCCCCCCUGCACAGUUUCAUGCACAGAUUCAUAGAGCUUUAAAGAUGAAAAUCAAAUUACCUGAUCUGUGUCUAUACGUACGUCCUAGAAAUGGAUUUUGUUGUUUCACAUUUCAGUUGAUUUCUGUGACUCUGCUUGUUGCAGUAAUAUUUCAUAUGAAUUAGCACAGUACCUAAGAAAAGGUAACUUCCUUUUUUUAAGAAGUAAUUUUGGAGGUGUCUGUUGAGCUGGAGCAGCUCUGCAGGCACUGAGGUUGAUCAGGGUUGGAGGGAGAUGCAUCUUUUGUGUUGGUUUAUGCACAUUUGGUGUAAGGCUCCUCUUCCUUUCCCCCCCCC